CCGAGAGGGCCGCGCGGGGCAGGGUGGGGGGCUUCCCGCCGCUUCCACGGCUUUUUCCACAUCCGCAGCCCCGUCUCGCCGACCCUCCAGUGGGAAAAGAGGGCCGGCGGCUGUAACUUCCAUUGUCUUCCAAGCACCCUUUCGCACGCUUCCCUGGGUUGGCAGGUUCAUGAAAGUCACUGCCAUGAACUUCAGUGCGGACAUGCUUUUUGUGAACGGUGCUUGUUAAUAACUGAAGAAUACAGCGCAAUUAUAUGCCCUGAUUGUGAGGUUGCUACAACUGUAAAUAUGAGACAAGGUUACUACCAAAUAGAUGAAUGUAUUAAAGAAGACUCUUUAAUGGAAAAGCUGCAACCUAAAAUGAAAAACAGUUCUCAGGAUUUUAAGAAGACUACUGAUCAGCUAACUACUGGUUUAGAACAUUCAGCCUCCACACACAGGCCUGUUUCAAACUCAUCAGCUAUAAUGUCGGAAAUUAAAACUUCAGAAGAAAUUGAUGAAGCUUUGAAGAUAGCAGGCUAUAAUUUGGAACAAUUAAGUAUUGCUGUAAAAACGCUUGAACACAUAGAGAAUCAAACAAGAGAGGAGACAGAAAGUGUUCUAGAGGUUGUAGAGAAACAAUUCGAUCAGCUUUUUGCUUCUCUUGAUUCCAGGAAAAAGAACCUGUGUGACGAACUUGUAAGAAAUAGAGAUGAUUAUCUGUCGAAUUUAACAAUGACGAAAAGCUACAUUGAAGAGAAAAAAAAUGAUUUGGAUGCAGCUAUGAAGAUAGCAAAAGAGUUAAAAUCAGCACCUUCUCUGAGAACAUAUUGUGACCUUAAUCAGAUUAUCCGAACUUUGAAGUUAACGUUAGAGAGUGAAUUGUCAAAAGUUAGUUCUCUAAAACUAAGGAACCCUCCCAGAUUGACUAUGAAUUGCAGUGAGAUCAUCUGUAUGUUCAACGAUAUGGGAAAGAUUGAAUUUGAGGACUCAGUAAAAUGUUAUCCUCAAGAAAAUGAGAUUGGACAGAAUGUUCAAAAUAAAUACAAUAAUAAAAAGGAGCUCUCUUGUCAUGAUACAUACUCAUCACUAGAAAAGAGAAAGGUUGACAUGUCUAUCUUAACCAGUGAAACACCACUACCUCCUUUGCAACCAGAAGCCAGUGAUGUGCAUUUAGAAGCAAAAAACUUCCAGUCACAGAAAGAGGUUGCAAUGAUGUCACCUAAAACCAUUGCUGUGCUACCUCAGAUGGGAUCCAGCCCUGAUGUGAUAAUUGAAGAAAUUAUUGAAGAAAACCUGGAAAGUUCUCCAGAGCUGGUUUUUGUAAGCCAUGUAAUACAUCCUUGCCACUUCUACAUUCGCAAAUACUCACAAAUAAAAGAUGCAACAGUAUUGGAAAAGAAGGUGAAUGAAUUUUGCAAUAAGAGUUCCCAUCUUGAUCCUUCAGACAUUUUGGAGCUAGGUACAGAAAUAUUUGUCAACAGUAUUGAAAAUGGAAUGUGGUGUCGAGGAACUAUCACUGAAUUGAUUCCAAUAGAAAGUAAAAAUAUUAGAAAACCUUGUAGUCCAACCAAAUUCUCAGUCCGUGAAGUUGCACUGAUACAAAUAUUCAUGGUAGACUUUGGAAAUUCAGAAGCCCUAAUUGUCACAGGAGUUGGUGAUACUCACAUGAGACCAGAACACACUGCUGAGCAACAUGUUGUACUCAAUGAUUUAUGUCUGGUUCUAAGGAAGUCUGACCCACACAUUAAAGGGCUACUGAAAGACAUUCAGCCAUUAGCACAGCCAUGUUCUUUGAAAGACAUUGUUCCACAGAAUUCAAAUGAAGGCUGGAAAGAGGAAGCUAAAGUGGAAUUUUUAAAAAUGGUAAAUAACAAGGCUGUUUUAAUGAAAGUUUUUGGAGAAGAGGAUGGUGUGCUUAUUGUAGAUCUGCAGAAACCACCAACAAAUAAAAUAAGCAGUGAUAUGCCUGUGUCUCUUAGAGAUGCAUUAGUUUUUAUGGAACUAGCAAGAUUUAGGUCACAGUCUGAAAAAAAUACAACUUUACACUACCAUCCACCUAUUUUGCCUAAAGAAAUGACAGAUGUUUCCGUUAUGGUUUGUCAUAUAAAUAGUCCCACUGAUUUCUAUCUUCAGUUGAUAGAGGGCCUGGAUUUUUUAUUACUAUUAAAGACAAUCGAGGAAUUCUAUAAAAGUGAAGAUGGGGAAAAUCUGGAAAUCCUCUGUCCAGUUCAAGAUCAAGCCUGUGUAGCUAAAUUUGAAGAUGGAGUUUGGUACCGAGCAAAAGUCACUGGAUUGCCUGGACAUCGAGAAGUUGAAGUUAAGUAUGUGGACUUUGGUAAUACUGCAAAAAUAACACUUAAAGAGAUGCGUAAGAUAAAAGAUGAGUUUCUGAAUCCCCCAGAGAAGGCAAUUAAAUGCAAGCUGGCCUAUAUUGAACCAUGUAAAAGGACAACGCAGUGGUCCAAAAAAGCUAAAGAAAAAUUUGAAGAAAAGACUCAAGAUAAAUUUAUGACAUGUUCAGUUAUUAAAAUUCUGGAAGACAAUGUGCUCUUAGUUGAGCUUUUUGAUUCUCUUGGUGCUCCUGGAAUGACUCCUACUAGUAUUAAUGACCAGCUUGUUAAUGAGGGCCUCGCAUCUUAUGAAGAAGGAUAUACACUGAAAGAUAAUUCUAAAAAGCAUAUUGAAGUAUGGGAUCCUUCUCCAGAAGAAAUUAUCUCAAAUGAGUUAAACAACUCAAAUGCUGUGUCUACAAAAUCUCUACCUAAUGAGAAUUUCCAAUCACUUUAUAAUAAGGAACUGCCUGUGCAUAUCUGUAAUGUAAUAUCUCCUGAGAAGAUUUAUGUUCAGUGGUUACUAACAGAAAACUUACUUAAUAGUUUAGAAGAAAAGAUGAUAGCUGCUUAUGAAAACUCAAAAUGGGAACCUCUUAAAUGGGAAAAUGAUAUGCACUGUGCUGUUAGGAUCCCAGAUAAGAAUCAGUGGCGAAGAGGCCAGAUCAUCAGAAUGGUUACAGACACAUUGGUAGAGGUCUUGCUGUAUGACGUGGGUGUUCAACUAGUAGUGAAUAUUAACUGUUUAAGAGAACUUCAAGAAAAUCUAAAGACAGUGGGAAGAUUAUCUUUGGAAUGCUCUCUUGUUGAUAUAAGACCAACUGGUGGGAGUGACAAGUGGACAGCGACAGCUUGUGACUAUCUUUCAUUGUACCUGACUGGAGCUGUAGCAACAAUAAUCUUACAGGAAAACAACACAACAUGGCCACUACCUGUGAAAAUUUUCUGCAGAGAUGAAAAAGGAGAGCGUGUUGAUGUUUCUAAAUAUUUGAUUAAAAAGGGUUUGGCUUUGAGAGAAAGGAGAAUUAAUAAAUUAGAUAAUAGCCAUUCAUUACCUGAGAAGUCUCCUGGAGUCCCGCUGGAACAAGAAGGUUCAGUGGUUACUAAGUGUGUUAAAAUAGACUUUGACCCUGACAAAAAAGCUGCUGAUAAAAUCAGUGAACACAAGGUGUCUGAAUUUAAGGAAAAAAUUCCAGAACCAAGAACCACUGGAUGCUAUAAACCACCAGCUAUUCCUAACAUGCAGGUAUUUGAGGCAGUAGUCAGCUGCAUUGGUGAUGAUGGAACUAUAUUUGUAGUACCUAAACUAUCAGAAUGUGAGCUAGUAAAAAUGAUGAAUGAAAUUCAGUGUAAUUUAAAAUGCCUUGGUCUUUUGGAGCCUUAUUUCUGGAAAAAGGGAGAAGCCUGUGCAGUAAGAGGAUCCGAUACUGUGUGGUAUCGAGGCAAGGUGAUGGAAGUUGUAGGAGGCAUGAUCAAGGUACAAUAUUUAGAUCAUGGAUUCACUGAGAAGAUUCCACAGUGUCAUCUUUACCCUAUUUUGCUAUAUCCUGAUAUACCCCAGUUUUGUAUUCCUUGUCAGCUAUAUAAUACUAUACCUGUUGGGAAUGUCUGGCAACCAGAUGCAAUAGAACUUCUUCAGGAACUGCUUUCAAAGAGAGAGGUGGAAAUACAUAUUAUGGAAUUACCAAAAAAUCCCUGGGAGAAAUUAUCUGUUCAUCUUUAUUUUGGUGGAAUGUCACUUUCUUACUUCAUGGCACACUAUAAAUAUUGUACUUCUGAACAUUCUGAGGAGAUAUUGAAAGAAAAACCAACAGAUUACAAUAAAAAGUAUGAGGAGGAAGAAUGGGAAAUAAGGUUUGAGGAAUUGCUUUUGUCUGAAACAGAGACUCCUGUCUUACCACCAUAUUUGUCUUCAGCUCUGCCUCCCUCAGAAGAACUCUAUGCUGUGCAAGUUAAGCAUGUUGUCUCACCCAGUGAAGUGUAUAUUUGCCUUGAUUCUGUAGAAAAUUGUAAUCAGUAUAACCAGCAGAGUGACACAGAUGAUAGUGGAGUCAGCUGGGAGUCGGAAUCCGAGAGUCUUGAUGAAGCGCUUCGGAGGUGCAAUAAGAAUGUAAAGAUGUUUCCUCCUCUGACAGAUUUUAGAACAGAAAUGCCUUGCCUUGCAGAAUAUGAUGAUGGCUUAUGGUAUAGAGCGAAAAUUGUUUCCAUUAAAGAAUUUAAUCCUUUAACUGUCCUAGUACAAUUUGUUGAUUACGGAUCAACUGAAAAGCUGACAGUAAACAGAUUGUGUCAAAUUCCUCUUCAUCUUAUGCAGUACCCAGCCCGAGCCAUAAAGGUUCUCUUGGCAGGGUUUAAACCUCCUUUAAAGGAUUCAGGAAAGACAAGAAUACCGUAUUGUCCCAAAUGGAGCAUGGAGGCACUGUGGGCUAUGAUAGACUGUCUUCAGGGAAAACAACUUUAUGCUUCUUCCAUGGCCCAGGCACCAGAACAAACAGUGACAUUAUAUGAAGAUGAACAGUACCCUGUUCACAUGUCAUUAGUAGAAGUGGGGCUCGCAGAUGUGGAUGAAUGAGGUUCACAGUGCAGAGCAUCGGUAGCAGCCCAGAAGGAAGUUUUGUUAUACUUAGGCCAUUUGGGGCUUAGUUUUUUUUUUACUUGUUCUGCAAUAGAGCUUUUCCUGCCUUAUUUCUUAAACGUUGAACUGCUAGGAAUUGUGUGGAUGACAUCAGAAAAAAUAGUUAAUAAAUAUUUACUUUGAAAUAUUUGCUUGUUUUAUCAUAAUUUCAAAAUGAAAUAGUUUAGACACAUGAAAUUUUAGUUCCUUAUAUAACUAAUGAUUCAGCUUAAGAACUAAAAUAUUAUCUGUACAAUUGAAGGCUCCUUCCCAAUCACAUUCUCCCCCCUUCUCAUAUAGUUGUGAUUUGAUGUUUAUCAUUUUUAUACAGAUCUUCAUGAUUGUUACUGUAUAUGAAUGUGUCCAUAAAUGAGAGAUAGCAUCUCUUUGUGUAUUUGUUAAUGUAUGUAGUAUUACACAACUGUCUUUUUUAUUUGCACUAUUUAUCCAUGUUGGUAUGUAUAGCUCUAUCUUAUUUUCACUGCUAUAUCCGUGUGACUAAUCUAUUGUUAGAUAUUCAGAGGUUACUAGUUUUUUUCUCAAUUACAAAUAUUAUUCUGUAAGGCCCUUGUAUACAAGUGAGAGGUUUUUUUCCAGCACAUACACAUAGUAGUGGAAUUUGCCAGGUCAUGGGGUAACUGCUUUCUAGAAAGUAUAACAGUUCUACCGGUUGUCUGAGUUCCUUGCCUACACUUGGUGUUGCCAGGCCUUUCCUUGCCAAAAUAUACUAGUAAGAAAAGGUAUCUCACUGUUUAACGUGCAUUCACUGGUUUAUUAAUGAGCAUUCUGUACUUUAUUGCUUGUUCAUAUCCUUUGUCUUUCUAGUGAGUUGUUUGCAAUUUUCCUGUUGAUUUGUAGAAAUUCUUUUUAUCUGGCUAGUAAUCUUUUGUCAAGUAUAUAUGUGGCAUGUCUUUUCCCUGUUGUGUAUCUUUUGACAAGUAAACAUUUUCCUCAUCUUUUUUAUCAUCCUUUUCCUGAAAGUUUGUGCUUUUUGUGUGUCAUUUAAAAAUCCUUCCCCCCUCCUGAAGCUAUAUAAUUAAGUCCUUAUUU